AUGGUCCCAGUCAGUCGUCAUGCGGAGGACAUCUUCAGUGAGCUGUUCACAGAGGCCAACAGCUUCUACCUGAGGAUGAGCAGCCUGCAGGAGCGUGUGGACCUGCUGGCUGUCAAGGUCACACAGCUGGACUCCACCGUGGAGGAAGUGUCUCUGCAGGACAUCAACAUGAGGAAGGCUUUCAAGAGCAGCACCAUCCAGGACCAGCAGGUGGUGUCACGGAGCUCCAUCCUCAACCCUGUUCUGGAAAUGUACCAACGCUGCGACAAACCACCGCCCCUCAACAUCCUGACUCCUUACAGGGACGAUAAGAAGGACGGUCUGAAGUUCUACACCGACCCAUCGUACUUCUUCAGCCUCUGGAGGGAAAAGAUGCUGCAGGCCACCGAGAAUAAACGCAAAGAGAAGAGACGACAGAAGGAGCAGAAGCAUGUGGAGGAGUCUUCAGGACGGGAGGUGAAGAAGGUUCGGAAAGCUCGGAACAGGCGGCAGGAGUGGAACCUGAUGGCGUACGACAAGGAGCUCCGUCCAGACGCUCGAGUGACACCAUCACCUUACCACACCUCAGACGGUUCAAUGUCACCUGACAGGUCAGGGAUGUCAGACGACACAUCUUUCCUCUCCGCUGCUCACCACCAUGACGCCCAGGGGCAUGAUGGGAAGGAUCACGUCACAGUGGCCACAGUUGGAAGUGGUCAGACUCAGUCGCUGGACCGCGCCCUUCGACCUGCCUCUACAUCCUCUGCAGUCACCACAGCAACCGCACGCCAGCACUCACUGGGCCGCAACCAGCCGCAUCAUCACCACCACCAGCCACCACUCGCCGGCUCAGCCAAUCAGAAUGGAGCACGGCCUAAUACUGCCAAGGAGGCCAAUGACCAUCAGAUCCCUCCGGCCCCCCCACCACCCCCCCCUCUCAUGCCAUCGGCUGGACAGAUGGCAUUCCCCAACAACACUGCUGCCAUGGCAACACCGCUGCAUCCAGCAGCUGCUCCUGGUAACCAAGGUGGCGCUGCUGUCCUCUCUCGGCCCUACAGCCCCUCCCCUCCCCCACCCCCCCCAGCCAACUAUGCCCCCUCCCCCUCACGGCCCGGAGGCCAGGCCCCACCCUCGGCCAAUGCACCUCCGGUGCCACCGGCGACAGAUGGCAGGAAGCCGCCAGGUGGACCAAACUUUCCGAUGAACGACGCCCGUAGUGACCUGCUGGCUGCGAUACGCCGAGGGAUCCAGUUGAGGAAGGUUCAGGAGCAGCGUGAGCAGGAGGAAGCAAAGAAACGAGAGCCCACAGGAAAUGAUGUCGCCACCAUCCUGUCGCGACGCAUUGCCGUAGAGUACAGCGAAUCAGAGGAGGAGUCUGAACCCGAGGACCAGGAGUGGUCCGACUGAGGAGAGGAGAACGUCAUAAAAACAGAGCCCAGAUCAGUCACGACCUCAAACUGUCACAGGAAGUAAACAACAUAAAAACAAAGUCUGGAGAAAAUUUUGACGAUGCAGACACUAGUUGAAAAUGUUCCUUAAUUGUCAGAAUCAGUGAAUAUUAUUAGUUUAUUGUUCUCAUCAGCAGUUAAUGUAUAUAUUAUGUUCAACAAGCUGGAGGCAGAGCCUGAAUGUGGACGCAGAGAAAUAUCACGUACAGUUACCUCAGCUGACGGACAGCAAAUGUCAAAAUUAUUCUUUGACAAAAAGUUCUGAAAUUUCCUGAUCUGCUUCCUGCUCCUCAGAGGAUGAACCCCGUAGAUGUUAAUGACUCCAUCAUCUUCCUGUUAGCUCCACCUGCAGGACAAACUGCUCAGACUGAGGGAACAGACCUCUGCAGCCUGCAGGGGGCGCUAACGCCAACACAGACGUCACCUCCGAACAGCUGCACUGGAAAUAUGUGAUAAGGAACCUUGAAACGGACUCAGAUGAAGAAUCGAUGAACUCUGAGCAGCAGACUGUCAGUGCUAACGAGGACACUAAUGACAAGACGCUAACGACAAGACAUUAACAAGGCGUCAGGCAGCUGUAAAUCUGUUGAGAUGAUUAAACUCUCUUUCCUGGUUGUUUUCAAGGAAACUAUAAAGGAAGGAAAAGUCAUGACGUCACUGAUGACAUUUGAAUUUAGCAUUUGAGCCAGACUUUAGUCCCAACAUUCAACUCAUCACACAUCGCCGCUUUGUCAGAGGACUGUCACCUCUAUGUAUCACGUUCUAGGUGUCUUCCUGCGUCUGCUGUUGACAUUGCGGGACGCUGAAACCAACACCGUGGACAUCAACAAAAACACAUGGUUUCGAAAAAAACAUACUUUGGCUCUACGUUCAUACAGGAAGUGACCAGCCACAGCAUUUGCCGGACAGCAGCGUCCGGCAAAAAUAGAAGUCCUGCGUAUCUGUUGCAGAGGGCUCCGGAGCGCCGCAGCUGUGACGGAGCCGGAACGCAGCACAGCCGCAGCUGGUGGAAGCACACACAUUGACAAGAAUUGAAUCCUAUCGGCUCCGCUGCCGUGCCGGAGUGGAGACGCAACCGACACGCAUCUGGUGGAAAAAGGCCGUAACAAAGCGUUUGCACAAACAUAAAAAUGACAGCAUCCAUGAUCAGUAGCCAAACAAAGUGUAAACAUAGGUCGCUCACAUGACGUCAAGCAUUUGCUGGCGCAUGCUGUGACGUUUCAGAACCUAAAACCCCAUUUCACCCAGUUUAGACGGCAACACAUAAACGGCGUUUUCAGAAAUCUCCACUUUGGCUGGAGUUUUUACAAAUGAUCGUUUUCCGUGAAAAAAACUCCCUUUGCGUGUUAACAAGAGGCCAAACUACAUGAAAAUAUGUGCGUUUUUCCUACGUGUAAACGGGGUAUGAGACCUUCUUGAAGAGGUGGUCUCAGUCCGGUUCCAAAGGAACUCUGGUGCGGUUGGUUUGUGGUGAGAAGGUGUUCCGACCUGGAUGUGAAGCAACUGCAGUCACAUGACACAUUGUUUGGGUUAAACAUGAGCAUGUUACAGUCCUGGAGGAUUAUUAAUGUGCACCUCCUCCUGUACUGCCUUAAUAUGCACAUUCAGCACAUCCAAUGCAUCAAAACAUUGUUUUCUAGUUGGAGCCGCGCCUCGUUUUCAAACUGUAUGGUUUGACUAAAAUGAACAAUGACAGCAAUAUAGUCCACGAUGAGCAGCGCUAAAAUCAACCUGCGUAGUUGUCCCUCCAUUGUGACAUUAGAAAGUGUCACAUUUAUCUUGCAAGUGUACUCUUCUGCAACGUUUGCUUUACUUCCUGGAUUUUUCCCACAUGGAAAUUCUGACCAAUCAAGAGCAGCUUUCUCACACAAGGCAUUUGAUCUGGUCCUCUUGUAAAUGCUGCCGUGAGAACACGAACCAACUCUAGGCAAUUAUACAACUUUGGAACAACAUGAGUCCCUGAUUCAGACCAAAGGAGACCACUCUGUGUCAGAUAUCACGGAGUCAACGGGAGCUAUGAUCAGUUUAUGUCCGAUAACGAGGAAAACUAACAAACACGUAGAUAAAAAAUAGUUGACAUCACCUCAGGCGUGUUUUUAAUCAGGUGGGAGGAGUUAACAGUGACAGGUGACACAGCAGAGAUCUGAUGGGUUAUAGUUUAAUGUGACUCCUCCCACACGUCACUGACAUCAUCACUUCUUCUUCUUCAUGGAUACAUUUUUUUUUAUUUGUGCUCAGAUCAGCUGUUUCUCUGUCAAACUUCUGUUAAUCUUCAUGUUUAGAGAUUUUCUUAUUUUGUUUUCAGUCCUCUGACUUUUCAGAUUUUAGUGGAUCAUCUGACGGCAGCGGUUUGUUCAAGUGUAAAUAUUUUCUUUGGACGUGUUUCUUCUUCGCUGAUUCCAGCCUCUGACUCAUUAGUUGCUAUGGUAACCAUGAACAUUGGUGAGACGCUCUGUCAAUCACAUGCUGCUUCGCGUUCUAAUGAUUACUUCCUCCUCAGUCAGCGCCGUCUGGUGUCCCAUGAUUCUCUUUGUGUGACAUCAUGUGUUGUCGUCGUGCAGCAUGUGGCGUGUGAAGUUGUGACAUCAUCUGUGUUAACAGGAAGCAGUAAAACGAUGACAUCAUCCAGUGAAGUAAAAACUGCAGUCCAUUUGUGUGAUGUUGGCUGCGGCUGAUGAUGUAAACCACUUCCUGUCCUGUAGCUUCUGUGAUUGGUUGUAUUGAUAUAUUGAUUUAUUGAUCCGUGCUGUGAUUCUGCAUGUUGGUGGAAAACGUGACGACUUAUAAAACUGAAGAGAAAACUUUACUGACAUCACACGUCAUGUUUGAUUUGAGUUGAUGGAUUUCAAUAAA